AUGUACUCGGCAGCUCGCUCAGAUACCCUCUUCUUGGGCGGUGAGAAGGUCAGUGGUGACGACAUCAGAAACCAAAAUGUCAUGGCGGCACUCUCUGUCGCCAAUGUCGUCAAAUCCUCCUUGGGACCCGUUGGUCUCGACAAGAUGCUUGUGGAUGACAUCGGUGAUGUUACUGUUACCAACGAUGGUGCCACUAUCUUGUCGCUUUUGGAUGUUCAACAUCCAGCUGGUAAGAUUUUGGUCGACUUGGCCCAGCAGCAAGACCGUGAAGUGGGCGAUGGUACCACCUCCGUUGUUAUCUUUGCAUCCGAAUUGUUGAAGAGAGCCAGUGAGCUUGUGAGCUACCAAGUUCACCCAACUACCAUCAUUACAGGUUAUAGAUUGGCCUUGCGUGAAGCCAUCCGUUACGUUAAUGAAGUUCUCUCUCAGUCGGUGAACGACUUGGGUAAAGAGACCUUGGUGAGCAUCGCCAGAACUUCUAUGUCUUCCAAGAUUAUCGGCGCCGACUCCGAGUUCUUUGGUAACAUGGUUGUCGACGCCAUGAUGGCUGUUAAGACUACUUCUCCUAAGGGUGAAACGAAAUACCCCGUCAAGGCCGUCAACAUCUUGAAGGCUCACGGUAAGUCUGCCACUGAAUCUAUGUUGGUGAACGGCUAUGCUCUUAACUGCACUGUUGCCUCUCAGGCUAUGAACAAAUCGGUCAAGAAUGCCCGUAUUGCUUGUUUGGACAUCAACUUGCAGAAGGCUCGUAUGGCUAUGGGUGUGCAAAUCAACAUCGAGGACCCAGACCAGUUGGAGGAAAUCAGAAAGAGAGAAUACGGUAUUAUCAUUGAAAGAAUCAAGAAAAUCAUCAACGCUGGUGCCAACGUUGUGCUUACCACCAAGGGUAUUGAUGACCUCUGCUUGAAGGAGUUCGUCGAGGUGGGUGCCAUUGCCGUCAGAAGAUGUAAGAAGGAAGACUUGCGCAGAAUUGCUCGUGCCACCGGUGCCACACUUGUCAGUAACUUGUCCAACUUGGAGGGUGAAGAAACGUUUGAAUCCUCCUACUUGGGUCAAGCCGAAGAGGUCGUCCAAACGAGAAUCAGUGACGACGAGUGUAUCUUGGUGAAGGGCACCAAACAACACUCAUCCUCGUCGAUCAUCUUGCGUGGUCCAAAUGAAUACUCUUUGGAUGAGAUGGAAAGAUCGAUCCACGACUCCUUGUGUGUCGUGAAGAGAACCUUGGAGGGUGGUAACGUCGUCCCUGGUGGUGGUGCAGUGGAGGCUGCCUUGAACAUAUACUUGGAGAACUUUGCCACAACUGUGGGCUCCAGAGAACAGCUCGCAAUCGCUGAAUUUGCUAAUGCUCUAUUAGUUAUUCCAAAGACGUUAGCGGUGAACGCCGCCAAGGAUUCGUCAGAUUUGAUUGCCAAAUUAAGAACAUACCACGCUGCUUCCCAGACGGCGUUGCCAACUGAUGUCAAGAGGAAAAAGUACAAGAACUACGGUUUGGACUUGAUCAACGGUAAGAUCGUCAACGAGACGCUACACGGUGUCUUGGAGCCUACAGUGUCGAAGAUCAGGUCGUUGAAGUCUGCUUUGGAGGCAUGUAUCUCCAUCUUGAGAAUCGACACCAUGAUCACGGUGACGCCUGACCCACCAAAGGAGGACCCUCACCAGCACUAA